AGGUGACACCAUGGGUGGUAUCGGUAGUGCCAUUGCUCUCAAGCCCGGGGCAUUCAAAUUAAACAUGGAUGGCUCUUUCUCAGGUACAAUCAUUGCUCAGCCUGACCGCGGAUUUAAUCUGGUGACCACUAUCAACUAUCAGGGCCGCCAGCAAGAGAUCGAUUUUGUCUUGAAGCCAUACUAUGGCACUGCGAACCUUUCGUUCAACGAUAGCCAAACGUCUUUGAGCCUGGCAUACGUAAAGACGCUGCUGUAUAAGGAUCGCCUCGGCGUGAAGACUAGCGGCCUCGAUGCGCUCGGAGUGCGCCCUACUGAACUUGGCUUCCCUCUACUGGCCAUCGCAGACCCUGUGAUGCCCAUCCCAAACAGCAGCUUCAACCAUCUCACAAUGGACAACGAAGGUCUUGUCCUCAACGACGAUGGGUCGUUCUGGGUCGGCGACGAAUAUGGCCCCUACGUGUAUCGGUUUGACAGCCUUGGGAAUCUGAUCCAGACCAUUCAACCGCCCCCCGCGAUUGUCCCGCAGAUCGGAGGGAAGACCAACUUUACUUCUGUAAGCGGACCUGAUACUGGGCGUGUUGGGAACCAGGGCUUUGAGUGUCUGACCGUGGACGUCUCCAAGAACAUUCUUUGGGCAAUGCUUCAGUCCGCGACCGUCCAGGAUGGUGGCGAGGGCAAGUCUACGUCGCGCUUCACCCGCUUGUUGGCGUACGAUAUCACGGCUCCCCUCAUCAAGCGGCCAAAUCUCAUCGCGGAGUACGUCGUACCGCUACCGUUGAACGAUAAGGGCAACACACUGGCUGCGAGCGAGAUCCAUUUCGUCAGUGAGGGCAUAUUCUUGGUCCUGUCGAGGGACGGGAAUGGCCAUGGCAAUAGCAACCCGACAUCAAAAUACAAGCAGAUCGACCUGAUCUCCAUUGGUGAUGCCACCGACGUCCAUGACACCAAAUUUGACACUCCUCAGAUGCCUAUUGCUGUCAAUGGGACACUGGACAGCAGCAUCGAGCCCGUAACAUACAUCCCAUUCCUCGAUAUGAUCAACGCGACGCAGCUGUCGCGUUUUGGUCUGCAUAAUGGAGACCCAGUGGACCAAACGUUGAUUGAUGCCAAGUGGGAGAGCAUUGCGCUCGCAUCAGUUGGAGACCCUACGUUUCCGCACGAUUUCUUCGUCUUCACGGCAGCCGACAACGACUUCAUUACAGAGGAUGGUGUAUCCUUGGGCGUGCCAUAUAAUGCUAGUCUGAACAACGACAACCAGUUCAUGGUGUGGCGGGUGACACUGCCAACAGCCGCCGGGACCUCUUGAAGAGAAAUGUAUCUGCUACGGGUUGGCCUCCAAUGCAGAUUCAUAAACUGCAGUUGUCAUGGAC